AUGGAAUCAUACCAAUCCAAAAUCGAGAUAUUGUUCACAGCAGUCUUUCCAACAGGCCCAAAAGCUUUCAAAGAAACCCAAUCUACUGGAAUGUCAGAUUUAUCCGUCUCUGAUGGAAAUCGCCGAACAAUUUCAGAACGCAAGUUGAACACGUCGAAAGAAAAUGAAUAUGUUCUUUCAGCGGAAUAUCUACAAGAAGAAGCUUAUCAUGGUUCAUCUAUAAGCCAUAAAUUUGCGCAAUUUCUUCUCUGGUCCUUCGUCUCAGUUUUGGUCACUCCAAUACUAUUCACACUCUCUCAUUUUCACUCCUCCGACUACUUCUGGGUUGCAGCCACUUGCGUUAUCUUCGCCAUCGUGAUACUGAUUUCAUGCUUCCAUCACGAUGAGCAACAGCUCGAGGAAGCCUAUACCACUGCAUGGGAAAGUAAAACCAUAAGCGUUCAGAAGAUCAUCCAAGACCGAAUAUAUGCCAAGGAUAGAAACACAAAAUUUCGCACCUCUCACCUCGCUAAAGUCCAUCGCCUCCAGACAAUUCCCGAAAAUCAACAUCCGAAAAGCUUAAGCAAUAUGCGUCUUGAUUUGAGCGAGAAAUAUACCGCGGCUAUGAAGGAUAUGACUUCUAAAACGAGAAUUAUGCUUAAUAUAUACCUAAUCAUUUCCGGAGCCAUGUCAACAAUGUUCAUAUUAGCCGCCUAUCACUUCCACAACACCUCUCAUUAUCAUCUCGAUGAAAUAAUGAGUUCCACGAAAUUGGUCACUUUGGGCGUAGCAGUCAUGGUCAUGUAUCUACGACUUCUACACAAGACGAAAUUCUGGAUUGAGGAAUUGGAGAGAGAGAGGAGGGCUAUCAAGAAGGGAUGGAAUCUCGUUGAUUAG